AUGCCGGGCAGUGGAUUUGACUCUGACGACUGCCGAUCCGUCGUCUGGGGCGUCCUCCCAUGCGUGCCAGAGGAGGCUAUGGCCGUCCGCCGCUCCCGGGAGGAGUGCGUCCGACCGAUGUUGAAGUUUGUCUGUCACGAAACCAUUGUGACGGCGCAACUGGCGCUCGGAUCCGGCGGUGCUGGAAGCUCGAGGUCCGUCUACGACACCCUCCGGUCUGCCGCCCGCGGCGUGGGCGCCGGCAGCCAGAACGCCGGCCAGUGGGGGGCCAUCCGCGGGGGACGGGGCGAGGCCAGGGACGGCGACGGGGCGGCGGUGCCGGAGCUAGUGACAGAGGCGGGCGACGGCGGGCGAGCCACGGCAAUCAGUGGCGAGGCGCGGGGAGCAAGGGCGACGGAGCGUGCAGAGGAGGGCGAGGCCGUGGCGAAGCAGGCAGUCGCCGGUGGGGGACGCCGGGGCCCUAGCCGUGGAGGGCGCGCCGGCGGGGAAUGCGGUCGCCGCGGGCGAGCGGCUUGGCGAAGGCCGGCGCUGGCCAGGGGGCAGCGCGCGCGGGCCGUCGUCAAGCAGGGGUGCGCGGGGGCGGCCAGGGCGGCCGGCGCGUGCGGGCGUCGGUGA